UACAUCGCGUGACACGUAAAAAGCAUGCAAGGUUGUAAAUUAGCAUCGAUAACGAGUCAAAUGACAGUUUGACCGUGUUGGGAAGUCGAUAAAGGGUAUAAGCCGAUCGCGAUUCCGAUGGUCGACCAAAAGUCAGAGACCAAGUUUCCAACAACCGUGAUCCACAUCGAACUGUCGCCAUGAACACCGUUACGAUUGUCUUACUGUUGUCGAUGUGCUAUUGUGCACUAUGUGGAGCUACUCCUGCUGUUUCUUCUCUCGAUCAAGUAGGACUUGUCCCGAGCAACGAGGUUGCUACAAAGUUGCAGCGCAUCACGCGGCAGACCUCUCCACUCAACUUCUUCGAAAAAGUCGCAUCGACGCUUAUUAGUGUUCCGACUAAUCUGGUGGCCGAUAUUAUAAACUUUAUCCUUUCGAUCAUCAAGAAUGUCAAAACAACGUUUCUCUCGUGGAUCGAAAACAUUGAAAACUCUUUAUCACUGAUCAAUAACAACCAGAAUCCUAAUCAAAGACGACGAAGAUCAAAUGUAUCAAAUGGCCUAUCAGAUUUAAUAAGUGAUUUGCCGAACUUGCUACAGUUACCGAUAAGCUAUUUCCAACAAGUGACAAGCUCGGUCGGUGAUUCUGUUGGUGGACAAGUCGGAAAUAUCAUAACAACUAUAGCAAAAUUGAUAUGGAACUUUAUACGCAUGCGACUAUUACCCUGGCUCCGCGAUGUGCUCAACGAACUCAAGCAGUCAAAUGUUUUGCCAUCCUUUAUGAACGAGGCGAUUGGAGAUGCCGAUUCUCUUUAUUCCUUUUUGCGUCUGUUCGCUAAUAUCGCCUCGAGCAGUUCAUGAGUCUCACGUGGCAUCGUGAUAUAAUUUUGGCUCGAAAGGCUGGUCGAAAUUAUUUUCUUGAUUUUAACGCUAGAGCCGUCAAAGAAGUCAUAAUGUUUGGUAUUUAAGACUUUCUAUUUCUACUUUUAUCUCUUCCUUUUUUCUUUUUGUUUGUUAGAUGUUGGUAUCUAAUGGUGUUUAAUUUUAUCGAGACAAAAAUAUGAAACUGUAUGAGCAAGUGUACAUAUUUCGUUUGUCACGUUGAUUUAAUCUGGGUUAACUGUUGUGUAAUAUAUUUAGAUACAUAUUAAAGAUUGAUAAUACGCUCUAGUGUGAGGAGAAGAAAAUAUAAAAUUCCGGGCGCAAGACGUGUAUGAGAAGAAGCUUUUAAAACAAUUUAUUAUUAUUAUUUAUUUCAUGAUAAUGUUUUUGUAUGGGAAUUUUUAAUUUGCGUGUUAAUAUGCGUGUAAAGGAAAUAAGAUUUCUCCAUCAACUUUUCUAACGUGGUAUAUCAAAUAAAUUAAAGGAGGAAAAGACAGUGAUGACCUGAAUAACAGACGUAUGUUCGAGAAAUAUUUCUUGAUAAUCAAUGCGGACAGAUCAAUUUAUUAAUUGUUAUAAUAGAGUUUAUAUGUAUAAUAAAGUGAAUGGCAACAAAUUUUUAGCCGCUGUCGUUACACUUCGUUUGGAAAGAUCGAAAAAAGAUAAAAAUUCCUAAAAGUUCUUAUAAAUGUUACAUUUCACGUUUUGAAAUAUAUAUUUAAUCUUCUA